AUAAAACGUCGUAUUCCGGCAUAGCUCUAGCUACUGCUUUUUUAAUUAUACAGAUUCAACAUGAGAAGAAUAGUAAUGGCAAGAGUUAUUACAUUGUGCUUAUGCUUCUAAUCACAGUAGUAGCGAUGGUUUGAGGCGAAACUCGCUCACCGACUGGAGCAACGUGGCGCAUACUAGCAAUCAUCAUCAAUACGUAUGCGAAAGCAGACAUCGAGGUUGCAACGAACCACCUCCCACAGCGAUAAAGUCUCCUUGACGAAUCAGCUAGACAAGGUUAACAUGCAUAAUGCUAAUGGAUCUUUAAGACGUAGACAGCGAGAUCAGCUCCAUAAUAUUGUGGGAGAGACUUACCCAUUCCUCCUGAUCAGCUGCUGUGAGCAAAACAAGUACUCGCAAAGAGCACGAAAGGCAAAAAAUUUCAGCGCGACAGCCCAGAGUAGUCUGAAUCGAGUUCCGCAGAAGGGCCGAACGAGUCAGCAACCUAAUAUGCGGGCCGCGAAGUGCACUGAAGGACGGGCACUUGCGUUGUCGUCGCAACUACUCUCCUCGUCCAUCUCCCAGGUACAACAAACAGGAUACAUGUCAUGAUCAUGAUCUUAAUGCUUGCUUGGUGGCAUUCUCUGAGCGAGACCACCGAGAGAUACAAUAGAGAGGA